AUCUGAGUAACAUUUUUCCUUGCACUUUCCUGGCUACUGUUUUCUCCACCAUAAAAACCUGACCAAAAAUCUACGCUUCAAUUGGCCUUUUUCUGGUUUGUUUUCAUCUGUAAACUGUGUAGAGUAGUUUGGUAUCUUGGGUCUUUUUAUGUUUAUCUGUAAGAAAUCCAUAACUUUCCCUUUAAAGAACCUUCUUUAUUUCCUCACACGUUCAGCUUCAUCUUUAGUAGUUAUACCAUGGCUGAUGACUCUAUAGCCCUCGUAUUCUCCUCCUAAUUCUCUACUCAACUGUUCUUGGAGGUAGAAGUAGAGUCAUCGUGGUCAUGGAUAAGCCAUCUUUCAACUGCCAACUUCAACCUUCUGCCUCUCUCUCUUUUAGUCUUUUCAGAACUUUUACUAGGUAGUUCUGUUUUUUCUCAUUUCCUUUCUUUUAUACUCUUAAUCUCUCUGAAGCGCGCAACCUUGCUGGUUCUAUUUUUAUUCUUGAUCUUCAUUUCCAAGUUUUCUUGUGCUAUCUUCUUUUGUUUUUUAUCAGUUUUCACUUUUCUUAUACUUCCACUUGAGCCCUUGAGUUAUCUGGCCUUUUCCAAGAUAUAUAACUCUGUUGGAUCGUCGCUGAAAUCUUGUAAGAGCUGAUAUUUGUAGUGAAUCCAAUACUAUAAUGCCGCCUUCUUACUUCCCUCUGCGCUGGGAGAGCACUGGAGACCAAUGGUGGUAUGCGUUACCUAUUGAUUGGGCAUCUGCAAAUGGCCUUUACGAUCUGGUCAUUGAGCUUCUCCACCUUGACACCAAUCUUCUCAUCAAGCUCACUUCUCUGCGCAGAAUCCGCCGUCUCGAAACCGUGUGGGACGAUGAGGCUCAGUUUCAUGAUGUUGCCAAAUGCCGCUCUCUUGUUGCAAGAAGACUUCUUCAAGAAUGUGAGACCAAGAAAGGUAACAAUUCCUUGAUUAGAGCUGGCUAUGGAGGCUGGCUGUUGUACACUGCUGCCUCAGCUGGUGACGUGGAUUUUGUUAAGGAACUGUUAGAGAGAGACCCUCUUCUUGUAUUUGGAGAAGGAGAGUACGGUGUCACUGAUAUAUUUUACGCAGCGGCUAGGAGCAAGAGCUCUGAGGUUUUCAGGCUGCUGCUUGAUUUUGCUGUGUCGUCCAGGAGUUGCCUUAGCAGUGAAGGAGAAGCGGAGGAUGAAUUGAGUGAAAGUCGUUCGGCUUUCAAGUGGGAAAUGAUGAAUAGAGCGGUUCAUGCUGCGGCUAGAGGGGGGAGUUUAGAGAUUUUGAGGGAGCUUCUUGGGGAUUGUAGUGAUGUACUGGUUUAUAGAGAUAUGCAGGGGUCUACUAUCUUGCAUACAGCCUCUGGAAGAGGGCAGGUUGAGGUAGUGCAGGAUCUUUUAGCAUCGUUUGACAUCGUAGCCUCUCCAGAUAAUCAAGGGAACACUGCAUUGCAUGUGGCAGCUUAUCGGGGUUAUUUAAAGGUUGUGGAGUUUCUGAUUCAUGCGUCUCCCUGUUUGGCCUAUGUGAAAAACAAUCAUGGGGAUACUUUUCUUCAUGUGGCUGUGGCUGCGUUUAGAACCCCAGGCUUCCGAAGAAUAGACCGCCAGAUUGAGCUUAUGAAACAAUUAGUAUGCGGUGAGGUUGUGGACAUGCAAGAUAUCAUCAAUGCCAGAAACUUGGAUGGAAGAACUGCUCUGCAUAUGGCUGUAAGUGAGAAUGUUCAAUCUAAUCUGGUGGAACUACUCAUGGCUGUGCCAUCUAUUGACUUGAAUGUCCGUGAUGGUGAUGGCAUGACCCCGUUAGAUCUCCUCCAGAGACGGCCAAAAUCAGCAUCUUCUGAAAUUUUAAUCAAAGAACUAAUUGCAGCUGGAGGGAUCUCCUACUGUCAGGACAAUGUGGCAAGAAGUGCCAUUGUUUCCCAUCUAAGAGGGCAGGGAAUUGGUGGCAGUCCAGGAACUUCAUUUAGAAUUCCUGAUGCAGAGAUAUUCUUGUACACCGGCUCUGAAAAUGCAUAUGAUGCAGGUUGUGAUCAAGCAAGUGUGGAAUAUAGUUCAUGCCUGAGUGAACUAAGUGACUUGAACUUAAGUGAUUCAUUAGAUGAUAAGAAGUCAAGCUCCAUAAAUCAUACUGCAAUGCGCCUAAGAUUUUUUCUCCAGUGGCCCAGGAAGAAGGAGACAAAAGCUGCUAGCACAGAAUCAGUAGAUGAUGAUCCUCUGGAGUUUAUGAGUACUUGUAGAAAUUGGGGUGACAGUCAUAUUCCGCUUCGUGAAAAGUACUCUAAACCUUUAUCUCUUCCAAAAAACAAAAGGACAUUUUCUCUGAGGAGUGAUCUUCCAAGCCGAUCCACCAGAAAGAAAUUUACAGCAGGGCUAACUCAAGGUGUGAUCCAGGCAGUGCCACAUUUAGCUGCUCCUUUUAAAUCACCUCCAAGUCCCUUCUCAGGGUCUUCCGUGGCCUCACCUAUUUCAGUGGAUGAACAAAAGGGUGUUCGUGUUGCUCAACUCCCUUGCUCAAAUCCAUCAUUUAACAGUAAAACAGCACAAAUGAAUCCGAAGCAAACUUCACUCGAUAAGAGGCUGAUGAACCAGUGUUUCUGUUUAGGAGCACAAGGCCUGGCUGUGGAAGAUAGUAGAAGUUGCGCACGGCUGGACCGCAGCAUUAAGAGUGUCGGUUCUUUAGUUGCUUGAUGCAGCUUCAUGGAAGGGUUGCAGUUUUGAGAAAGACAACUGACAGCCUAGGAAUCUAGUUUUCAAUGAGCUUCCUACGUUUACUCUUCAAUUUCCAGUGUUUGAGUGCAUAAAGUAUGUAUAGAAGAUCUGAAUAAAUCAAAGGGAUACAUUGAAAAAGACCAGAUUUUUGAAGUAUCUGUAAACAUCCCAAGUUGUAUCAUAUCUUAGUUUGUUGUUGAAGUUGGAUGAUUCUAAAUUUCAUGAAAACAAUCCAGACAAUAUUAUUCUUUUUCAUUUUUCUGAAAACAAACUGCCAGUGAAAAUGAAGCUUCUAUCUGCUUAUGACUA